UCUUCUUCCUCCUCAGCAAAUCUCUCCAUUAUUCUCUCUAUUCUUCUUCAUUGAUCGAUUGAGUUGUGUUCGAAUCAAGAAAUGGGGCUCAAGAACCGAGGAUCUGGUUCCGGGUCUGGGUCCAAGGCGGCUCCAAAGUCGGUGGCUGAGGGAGCAGCGGCAGCCGCCGGAUUGGACAAGGUGAUCAAACCGGAGAUCGAGCGCGCCCAGUCGGUUUUCCGCCGCGGGAACCACAAGAAAGCCCUGAAGCUCAUGCAGGAGUUGUGCAGGCGCCACCAGAGCUCUGCUCUCGCUCACAAUGUUCGAGGUGCUAUGCUUUUUAACCUAGCUGCUUUAAUCGACGAUCCUAAUAUCAAACAGCGGCAUCUCAAGAAUGCAGUGGAGCCGGCGCGGCGAGCCAGGUUUCUGUCACCUAAGUCGGUUGAGUACGCUCAUUUCUACGCCCAUUUGCUCUUCGAAUUGGCCGACGAUAAGGAAUCGUAUCAGGAGGUGAUGCGUGAGUGUCAACGGGCAUUGAAGUUCCUGCAAGAGGGUGACCAGUUGGAUCAGUUAAUGCCUCAAUCACGGAUGGCAGAACUGCAUCAGGAGUUGGAGGCGCUGGUUAAGAAGUCCACAAUUAAUAUGUAUUCGACUAUGAUGAUGAAGCUUGGGCUCGGGGACUUGGAGGAGAAAUUCAAGUUUAAUUCAAAGGAAGAGAAGAAGAAAUUGAGGACUAGUACUGAAGGAAGGAGGGAGAUUGAAGCCCAGAUGGAAGCUGCCAGGGUGCCGCAGAAGACGUUGGAGUCCCUGCCUCUGGAAGAAGGAGAGGAAGAGUUGUCUUCCAGAGCUCUUAGACUUGAACGAAGAAAGAAGUCUGCAAAUAUCAAGAAGAUGGUUUCUUUGGGAGAUAGGAUUAAUCAAGUGAAGAAGUAUUGGAACUCCUUGAGUUCCGAUACAAGGAGGGGAUUGCUUCAAGUGAGAAUUAGUGAUCUAAGAGCGUAUUUUAGCUCGUCUAAGGAUGAUUUGGCUGCGGCUGUUUUAUCGGAAGCUAUAGCAUUUGCGGAAAAUAAUAAGACUUGGAAGUUCAUGGCAUGUUGUGUUUGUGAUGAGAAAUUCACUGAUUUGUCACCCUAUGUAGAGCAUUUUAUGGAAGAGCAUGUGGGGAAACUUUCACCAAAAAUGCUCAAAGUUACGCCACAAAAAAUUGAUAGAGAUUGGGUUGAGAUUAUUGAGAAAGCUAUAUGGAAGCCAGUGGAUGCCCUUGCAGUAUUUCAAAACAGUGAAGAUCAGGUGAAAAGCUGGUCUUCUAGUAUCGUUAAGCGACAUACAAUGAUUGACAUGGAUGACUAUCUGGAAAUUUGCAUUAAAGAUCACUGGGAAUCCUACUCUACAGAAGAAAAGAAAAAACAGUUUGAUGAAGAGUUCAUGGAAGUGGAGAUUGGUAAUCAAAAGGAUGAAGGUGGAAACCAUGAACCUAGGGAGAAUGAUUGGCCAGGGUGGCCAUUAUCUAAUGAUCCUCAACGUGAAAGGACCCUUAAGGGGAUCCAGGCCAUGUUUCAAAUGCUUCUUAGACAGAGACAUCUGGCUACAAGACAUAUUUUCCAGGUUAUGCAAUACACCAUGGACGAGCUGCAGAUUUUUGCUUCAGUGUCCCAACUUCUAAAUCAUGGCCUGGACCACACACCUCUGUGCAUCUGUUUUUUGGGAGUCUCUCAGCUUGAAAAGGUCCUUAGAUUUUUGCAGUCUGUUGCUUAUAUUUGUGGUGUGACCAAGUGCUCUGAAAAGGGUAGCUCCAAAGAUAAGGUGUUUGUUGGAGCACAGGGGUCUGAAAUCAAAGAAAGAAUUGUUUUUUCUAGUGAUUCAUCAUGUCUGCUUUUGGAUAAACGCUCACUCAGAGGGGAGCUUAAUCUCAGCACAUAUAAUGAUGCCAUUGCAGAUGAUGGUUCUGCAGUAACUUCAGCUAUUGAUGAUCAUGAAAAUGAUGUGCUUCCAGAUGGUGAUUCCUUAGUGCCUUGGUUAUUUUCGGGUUGUUCCAUUGGGGAACAAUUGGCAUCAUGGGCAUGUCUAAGGGAAGAUAAGAAACAUCUAGGAAUGAAAAUAUUCCACAUCCUUCAGAAGGAACUUUCCCACUUAGAAGGUUUGUGUCAGAAAAAGAGCAUGCAUUCAAUCUAUGAAGAUGCACUCCAGGCAAUUGAGCGUGUGUGUCUUGAGGAAUCCAAGAGGAGGGCCCAAGAUCCUGAGUAUCUCCCACAAUAUUAUGAGUACCUCCUGGAGCAGCUGCGAAGAGAGGUUAAGGUGGAUGAUGGUGAUAUGCUUCUAAGCUAUAAGUGUGAGUUAGAUCUCAUAUCAAAUAUCCUUAAAGAGGUACACACUAUGAGCGUUAAUCUGCUCAGUUGUGAGGCUUCUCCUUCACCUGAUCAGGAACACCUGCAGAAAUCAGACACAAUUGUAGAGGAAACAAUCCGAAGAUAUGAAGUUCAGGUCACUCUGGAGCUUUGCAGAAUUGAUGCAAGGAUUAUGCGGGUUGUUGCUGCUAUGCGACAGCAGGACUUGAAGCUUGGGGCAGCAUCUGCUCUUGACUAUCGAUCAAUUAUGGUGAUCCUUCUAAAGUCAUUUGUGCGGGCACGCUUGGAGGAUCUGGUUGACAAAGAUGCUAUAAAGAAGUCUGAUGUUGCAAGAGAAGCAUUGUUAGCACAGCUUGCCCUUGACAGCGAGAAGAAUAUAAGCAGAGGAGGUUAUAAUACAAAACAGAUGCAGAGAAAAUCAAAGGAUAAGAAAAAGAACAAAUCUUAUAGAAAAGCCAAGGAUCUAAAGGCUAGUAGUGGUAAUGAGCAGCUUCUGCUACAUGAGGAGGAUGCAAAACAAGCUUACUUUCCUGAUGCAUUUGAUGAUCAAAAUCCAAACUCCAAGAUUGGUAUUCCUAUAAGUGCUGGUGAAAUAAAACAACCAGAAGAGGAACUAAGGCUUCAACUAGAGCUUGAAGCAGAGGAAAGAAAGCUCAAAGAAAUUUUGGAGUUUCAACUGCAAAUUGAGAAUGAAUCUAAACAAAAGCACCUUGCUGAGCAAAAUAAGGUGGGUGGGAUGAUACAGCAGCAGAUUUCUGGUGAGACAGCCAAGAGGUCAUCAGCAGAAGAAGCCCCAAAACUUAGUGCCACAAUUUUCAUUGGCACAAUUCCAUUAGUGGCCCCACAAUUUACAGAGAAGUUAGCAGAGGAAACGCCUGUUUGUAGUUCAAAUGAGACUGAUGGUGGUGGAUCCCAUAAUGAAGAUUCUAUGCACUCGGGUCAGGAUAAUGCUCGUGGUAACAAUGGUAAGCUAGUUCUACCCAAAAUCAAACGAUUCUUCAGGAAUCCUCUUCGCCUGCAAAAUCAGUUCAUUUCAGCGUUUCUUUAUAUUAGCAUUUCUUUCUUUUAUCUUUCUUUCAUCUUUCUUUCUCCAUUGAAUUGUGUAUCUGAUUCGGAUCAAGAAAUGGGUAGGAAGAAGCGAGGCGGUGGUUUGCGCUCUAAGAAUCUCCCCACUCCUUCUCCGGCGGCAGACAAGGCGGUGGAGGAGGAAAAAACGGAAGCGCAUAUCACUUCCGAGAUCGCGAGGGCCGAAAAGACGUCCGAAAAAGGGAACCACAGGAGAGCCCUUAUGAUCAUGAAAGAGUUGAGCUCGCGCAACCCGAGCUCAGCCCAGGUUCACUUUUCUUACGCUGGUUUAAUUUGUACACAAGCUAAGUCGAUGAAAGAUCCUACCGCCAAAAAGCGGUAUUUAAAGAACGCGUUGGAGCCCGUGCAGCGAGCUAUGUCACUGGACCCGGACGAGUUAAAGUACUUUUGUUUUUAUCCGUCGUUGAUCUUUGACUUGGCCAGCAAUGCAGAUGCGUACAGAGAGGUGAUGCAGGUGGCUGGACGGACGAGGCAGCGUUUGCAAGAACGUGGCCUAGCCCGUGGGAUUCUGGAUAAGCACAUGGAGGCCCUGUUUCUCUGUUCGAGGUAUAUAGUGUGGCAGCUAGAGCAGAAGAAUGUGAAUUUUGAUGAUGAGCAAUUUAAGCACAAAUAUAUGGCUAAUGCCAUGAGAAAAAUGAAGCAGAUUAAAGCCAAAUCGGAAGCAGUUAGGGUGACCCAGAAGACAUUGCAAUCCAUGGACUUCCAAGAAGACUUCCAAGAAGAGGGAGAGAUGACUUUGGGAGCUCGUAUACUAGAACGAAGAAAGACUCUUACAAAUAUCAAGAAGCUCACUGCUUUGGGAGAUAAGAUCACUCAAGUUCAGGGGUACUGGAACUCCUUAAGUGCUGAUACGCAGAGGGGAUUUCUUAAAGUAAGGAUAUGUGAUCUAAAAGAGCAUUUUAAUAGGUUCGCCAACAAUGAUCUGGCGGUGGCAGUUCUGUCGGAAGCUAUAGGUUUCUUGCAGGAGAAUGAUUCUUGGAAGUUUAUGGAGUGUUGUGUUUGUGCUGAGAAAUUUACUGAUCUGUUGUUGUAUGCGGAGCAUUUUGCUGAGCAUAUGGGGGGGCUUUCAGAGAGCUUGAGCUUAUUUCAGCCACAAGAAAUUGAUAGUGAUUGGGUUGACAUUAUUGAGAAAGGUGGAUGGAAGCCAGAGGAUGCCCGUGCCGUAUUGCAAAUUAGUGAAGAUGAGUUGAAACGCAAGUCGUCUAGUCAUGUUGAGUGUACAGUGAUGGACAUGGAUGUCCAUCUGCAAAAUUGCAUUAAAGAUCCUCCUGAAUCCUAUUCUGUAGAAGAAAUGAAGAAACAAUUUGAUGAAAUGUUGAUGGAAGCAGAGAUUGGUAAUCAAAAUGAUGAAAAAAGUGGAAACCAUGAACCUGAGGGGAGUGAGUGGCCAUUACCUGAUUACCCUCGUCGUGCAAAAACCCUUGCAAAAAUCCAGGGCAUGUUACAAAUGCUUCUGAAAGGCAGAUACCUUUCAAGAACGCAUGUUCUCCAGGUGAUACGGUACACCCUGGAGGAGCUGCAGAUAUUUGCUUCAGAAUUGCAGCUUAGGAAUCUUGGCUUGGACAACACUCUUCUGGGAAUCUGCCUUUUGGAAUUUCCUCAACUUGAAAAAGUCCUAAGAUUUUUGCACUCAAUAGCCUAUAUUUGUGGUAUAACCAAAUUUCCUGAAGAGGGUGGGGCACCUGCUGAAGCUCAGAAGUCUGAAAUCAAAGAAACAAUUGGUGUUUCUAUAGACUCAUCAUAUCUCCUUUUGGAUGAACGCUUAGUGACAGGAGAGCUUGAUGUCAGCACAUCUAACAAUUCCAAUUCAAAUGAGGGCUCUGGAUCAACUUUUUCCCUUGAGGAUCAUGACGAUGAUACACUGCCAGGUGGUGGUAUUUUUGUGCCAUGGUUAUUUGUGGGUCGUUCCAUUGAGGAAAAAUUGGAAUCAUGGGCAUGCCUAUUAGAUGAUAGAAAACAUAAAAAAAUUGAAGUCCAUGGUUUUCUUGAUAAGGAAUUUCCCCCCUUAUGGAGUUUGUGCAACAUGAAAAUCGUGCACUCAAUCAAUGAAGAAGAACUUAAGGAAAUAAGGAGUAUCAGUGAUGAUGAACUUAAUAGGAGUGCUCAAGAUCCAGUAUACGUCCCACAAUAUCUUGAGUACCUUUCAAAGAGGAGGAAAGAAGUGCAUGAAGUAGCAGAUGUGGACGAUACACCACUCAUUCGUCAUCAGUUAGAUCUCCUAUCAAAUCUUCUUGAAGAAGCCAAUGAUCUGAGAAAAGCAAUCCGAAAGUAUGAAGUGCAGACCACUUUAGAGCUUUGCCGAAUUGAUGCAAGGAUCGCACGCAUUCUUGCUGCUAUGCAGCAGGGGGGCUUUGAGGUUGGAGAAGCAUCUGCUCGUGCCUAUAGAUCAAUUAUGGUGUUCGCUCUAAAGUCAUUCAUUGGGGCACACUUGGAGGAUCUGACUGACAAAGAUGCCACAGAGAAGGCCUUAGCUGCAGAAGAAGCAUUGUUAGCAGACCUUGCCCUUGAUUCCGAGAAGAGUGUAGACAGAGGAGAUGGUAAAGAAAAACAGACAGAGAAAAAAUCAAAGAACAAGAAAAAGAACAAAUAUUAUAGAAAAUCUGAGGAUCUAAAGGCUAGUAGUUGUGGGAAGCAGUUUCCGCCAGAUGGGAAGGACGUAGAACAACAGGAACUUAGGUGUCAAGUUGAGCUUGAUGCAGAGGAAAGAAGGAUUGAAUUGACUUUUGAGUCUCCUUCUGAGCAAAAUAAGUUGGGGGAGAGGAUAGAGCAGUACUCUUCUGAUGAGACAGCCAUUGGUACAAUUUCACCAGGAGGCUUACAAAAGCAAGAGAGUUCAUCAGCAGCUGAACAGAAGACUACUUCGACUGAUGAAGUUCCACUAAUUCUCCCUCUAUUAUAUGAGAAGCUGGGAGAGGGAAAGUUUGUUUCCUCAAAAGGUAGUGAUGAUGGUUCAAAUGAGGCUAAUUAUGGUGAUUCCGACCAUAAAGAUUCUGAAAACUCAGACCAGGAUGAUGUUUAUGAGACAUAUCACAAUUUUGCUGAGUCAAGUGAAGGGGUGCCUCAAGGUGGAGCUGGUCUGGAAAAUUAUGCUAACGAUUGCUCCCUGAAUGCAAUCAUACAGUCACUUUGGCAUUUGAGAUGGUUUAGACGUGAGUUGAUGAAAUCCGCAGCACAUUUGCAUAUGAUAGAUGAAGCCUGUGUUUACUGUUCCUUAAACUCGAUUUUUUCUUUGUUAAAUGCGGCAUCCAUAUCUAGCCAUAAAAAGGCGAUUAGUCCAGGCCCUUUAAGAGAUGCUCUCAGUAAUUUGGACCCUCAAAGUAAUCUUUACAAGAAGGGAGAAAUGAAUGAUGCUUCAGAAAUCUUGAAUAAAAUUCUUGAAGGUCUUCAUCUAUCAUUCAGUACAAAGAAAGAAGAAAGCAAUGGUUGGGAGUCUUGGGACCACUUGGAUUGCCCAAGCGACAUUUGUAUAACACAUUCUCUAUUUGGAAUUAAAAUUCGGGAAAGAGUUGCAUGCUACCAUUGCGAUUGUGAGUCUAGGCAACAUGCGUAUAAUUCCCUUUUUCACCUCAUAAAUGCAAGUGAACUUAGAAAAAAGAAGAUUACCCACAUGGACAGCUCUUUCGACAACCUUUUGAAGCUUGUGAAGAUGGAUGAUCAAGUUACUUGCAAUCCAGAGGAAGGAGGCUGUGGAAAACUCAAUUCCAUUGAUCAAAUCCUUUCAGAUCCUCCUCAUCUGUUUGUAGUUCUCCUUGGGUGGCAGAGUGUCUCUGAGAAUUCAGAAGAUGUAUCAACAACAUUGGCAGCUCUGACAACUGAGAUAGAUAUUGCAGUCAUCUAUGGAGAUUUAGAUGAGGGGAGAAAGUAUCACCUUAUUUCUAUGGUUUGUUUUCAUAGUCGGCAUCUUACCUGCUUUGCUUAUGAUCAUGGGCAUAAAAAUUGGGUUCAUUAUAACGAUGCAAUUGUCGAGGUGAUUGGUCAUUGGAAUGAUGUUGUUACAAAGUGUCAACAAGGGAAAUUUCAACCUCAGCUUCUCUUCUAUGAAGCUCCUUUGGAUGAAUGAUAAGGGCCUAUAGCCAGCUUUUCUUACUGUGCAUAGGUGAACAACAUAUAGACAAUCAAACUUUCAUAUAGAGAAUAAAAUACCAUAAAGGAAGAAGAGCAGGAGUUU